AUGAGUUCUGACCGAGAGGAGUAUGACAUGGUCUGUCAGAAAGCUGUGACCCUAAUUGUUGACCUUUGCCUGCACAACAGCUCCCUGUUGGACCAGGACACCUGUCAGGAUUACCUCUUCCUGUUGUCCAGCCACAGCUCUGACCGCAAAGAACUGGGAGGGAUCAAGAGAGGAAAAGUGAGAGACACUGUCACUGACGCUUCUUUUGGCCUCCUGCUCGGUGUGUUUGUGGUCUGCGGCCUGGCUCUGCUGGGCCUCCUCACAUUUAUCUCCUGGAAGCUGUGCCGUGCACCUUGGCGAGCAAAGGCCCGUUUCCCCAGCCCAUCCCUCGCCACGGCCUGUGACCCAGAGGACUGCGCGCUCCAGCCGCCUCCCCUUCUGCCCAGCCCCCUGCAGCAGCAGCAGCAGCCGCCGCCGGUCACCAUGGCGACAGAGAAGGUGAAGGACCCCAUGGGCUCCAUAGGUUUCCUGGAGGCUGCGGUGAAGAUAAGCCAUACAUCUCCCGACAUCCCCACCGAUGUGCAGCUCUCCAUGAGGGAGCACUUCCUGCGCCGCACGCAACGCAUGCAGAGGCAAACCACUGAGCCGACUUCCUCCACUCGGCACAAUUCAUUCAAAAGACACCUGCCCAGGCAGAUGCAGGUAGGCAGUCUAGAUCUGGGAAAUGACUACGUGGCGGACAAUGACGAAAAGCCCACCGGCAUCGGCCGCAUCCAGCCAGAGCUCUACCAACAGAAGACUCUGGAAUCGGAGGAUUCCUCCAAGCACGGCAGCAGCAAAAACUGUGGCAGGAUUAAUUUCUCUCUCAAGUACGACUAUGAAAAUGAGGCCCUCAUAGUCAACAUCCUCAAAGCGGCAGACCUGCCUGCCAAGGACUUGUGCGGCACAUCUGACCCUUACGUGAAGGUGUACCUGCUGCCUGACCGCAAAAAGUUCCAGACUCGUGUCCACAGGAAGACCCUCAACCCCACAUUCAGCGAGAGCUUCCAGUUUCCUGUGCCUUACAGUGACCUGCCGGUCAGGAAGCUCCAUAUGAGCGUCUUUGACUUUGACCGGUUUUCACGUCAUGACAUGAUCGGGGAGGUGGUGCUGGACAACUUGUUUGAGACGUCGGACCUCUCCAGAGAGACGAACAUAUGGAGGGACAUCCAAUACGCCACCAGUGAAAGUGUUGACCUUGGAGAGAUCAUGUUCUCACUAUGCUACCUGCCCACCGCAGGCAGACUCACACUCACUGUCAUCAAGUGCAGGAACCUCAAGGCCAUGGACAUCACUGGAUACUCAGAUCCCUACGUCAAAGUGUCGCUCAUAUGUGACGGGAGACGUUUGAAAAAGAAGAAGACGAGCAUAAAGAAGAACACGCUGAAUCCCACCUACAAUGAGGCCAUCAUCUUUGACAUCCCGCCUGACAGCAUGGACCACGUCAGCCUGCACAUCUCUGUCAUGGACUACGACUUGGUAGGUCAUAAUGAGAUCAUUGGUGUGAUGAGGGUUGGAUGCCAUGCAGAGGGACUUGGCAGGGACCACUGGAACGAGAUGCUGGCUUAUCCACGCAAGCCCAUUGCACACUGGCACCCCCUGCUGGAGUCCAAGAAGUCUGAGAAGGAGUGGAAGGCGAGGACAGCCAGCUUUGACAGCCAAGGCUCCUGCCCCUCCCCCCGGCCCCCUGCGAGUCCCUGAGCAGAGCCACCUGUGACCCAGCAGCCCAGAAGGGGGUUUCCUCCCUCCUGCUGAUCCACUUCCUGUCUGUCUGAUUGAGGAGAAACACAACCCCACCGUCUCUCCCUCUCUCUCCCUAUCUCCCUCUCUCACAGUCCCUCCCUUCCUCGAGUCUGGUCCCAGAGCGCUCCAAAGAACUGAUUUAGGACCACCGUCAAGUCAGUUAGUUGUGUGAAGUGCAGUCUUUUCGGGUUUUAGGAUUUGAAGUGUGGGUGUUGUGAUGACCCAGAGCUGCCCUCGUCGUCCUGUGAGGAGACUGGCUGGGCGUCCGGUGUGCAGACAUUUAAUAUGAGGUGGACGGAUCUCAGUGGAGACUUUCCACAGGCUUAAGAUUCAGCUUUGAGCUGCAGAGACUCUUUGAUGGAGAGCAGCGGAAGUUUCACCGAGUGCUGAGGACUCGGCCAGAGAAGAAAAAAACUUCAACUGGAUCUGAAGCAAUUUCAAAAACUCUCCAGCUCUCUGUCAUUGAAUUUUAAAAUGCUGUAUUAGCAUAAAAACCAUUCUGAACUGUAGCAUUUUGGAACUAUUAGAUGUAAAACU